AUGCAAGCGUACAGGAUGACUCUGAGAAGGAAUCGAAUCUGUGCCCCAUAUCAAACCCUGAUACGCCAAGCUCUGAAUGAAAAUGACACAAUCGUCGGACAUAUCGGGGAACUACGUAGAAACUUUGCCAAACACACUCAUGUUCUGGAUUCACUGUCCUACGAGGAACGUAAUCGUUUCGAGUCAUCCGUAGAAUCAUUGGUAAGGAAACAAGUUGAACGAAAGCGCAAUAUUCUACGAAAGCGAUUAGGUCCUGCGAAACCCAUCGACAAAUGUUUGCUCGAAGUUUUGUCUCUUGGACCUCAAUCGUGUGGUCCAACUGGAAGAACUAAACAACUGGAUCUAGAAGUACAGUUCAAAAACCUUUUCUCACAACUGUCAGAUUUAUCGCCUUCAUCAUCACAAAAUGUGGCUCAGCUGAAAUCCACACUAGUAAACACAUGCUAUUAUCGUCUCGAUAACAAACCGAUGAAGAAAGAUCUAGUGACACCACAACACCGAGAACGGCUAAAGGGAUCGGGGAAUAAUCAUGAUGUAAUUCUAUGCGGACCAGACAAGGGUACAGUAGUUGUUAUACUGAACAGAUCAGACUACGUUACCAAGAUGAAUAACAUAAUCCGUGACAGCACAAAAUUUAAGAAAAUGUCCGGAGAAAAGGAUAAAACGGAACAGAUAGAGUAG